AUGUACGAAGCUCUUCAAAUAAUUCCUCCUUUGUUACUUCUGUCCUCAACAAUUGUUUGUUCCCUCCAUCUCAAUCUGAUCCAUAAGCACUCCAUCCACUCUCCCCUCUUUCCCGGAAAUCUCACCGCCGGCGAGAGGCAGUUGCGCCUGCAAGCCGACGAUGAAGCCCGCACCAGACUUCUGGAAACGUCACUGCAGUCAGGUCUCAACUACAGCGAAGAGAAUCUCCGUCCAUAUCUCGCCGCCGAAAAAUUUGUCUACAUGGUUGAGGUCUCAAUCGGCACACCAACCCAUGAUGAGGACAGGAGAAAAUACUACUUGGUGUUAGAUACCGGAAGCGGCAUUUGCCGCUAUAACAUCCGCUACAUGACCCCGGCUACUUCGAAGGGCGUGCUCGCCUCCGAGACGUUGGGAUUCGCGUCUUCGGCUGGGUCAGCUCGGACGGAGUUCGUCCGCCACUUCAUCUUGGGCUGCGCGCGCGACAAUCGACAAUUCUCUCUGCCGGCGAGGGUGGCGGGGGUCUUCGGCCUUAAUAUGGAGCCGCCAUCACCGGCGAGCCAAAUGGAGGGGAGAAUCGGCGGGCGGUUUGCUUACUGCCUCCCGCGGUUCACAGGCCACGCACAGCCGCCGAGCCGUCUCAAGUUCGGCGAUGAGGCUAUUCUCCGGGACCCUCACGUGAAGACCCUCCAAUUCGUGCAUGUGCAUGGGAAAUUCAGGUACUACCUUCCCCUCAUCGACGUAAGCAUCGCCGACCGUCGCAUUGGUUUCGCGCCUGGCGCUUUCGCCGUGCGCAGGCAAGGGCAAACAACGAGAGGCGGUUUCAUCAUUGACACAGGGACGACAUACACUAGAUUUAUCACAGGAGGCCCGUACAAGCAAAUAAUGGAAGCGUUCAAAGAAUACUUCAAACCGUUCAAGUUGAGAAAAGCAAAAUCAACAGCCCCGGGCUCUCUUAAAUUGUGUUACAAGAUCCCGCGCACGGGAUUCACAGCAUUCCCAAGCAUGACGCUCCACUUUAGCGAAGGCAAUGAUUUUGUCAUACAGCCGCCUAAUGUGGUGGUGCAGGCAGAGGAGAAAUUCUGCAUUGCCGUGGGUAGUCUUAAUGUGGUGAGCAUUCUGGGAUCGUAUCAGCAGCAUGACUACAAGAUCUCGUAUGAUGUCAGAAACAAGUUGUUGUCCUACGCUUCUGCGGAUUGCAGUCGAGUUGUAUGA